GUGCGUCUCGCUCCCGAGGUUUCCAGCAGUCAUUCGGCUCGUCCGAUCACACGCCACGUGUCCUAUCUUCGUCUCCUCCCCUCUAAUCCAUCUCCUUCCACCUCGGUUUCUCCCUCAGAGGAAGCCGACGACGACGAUCUUGUCUCUCCGGCAUCUCCCUCUCCUUCUUGUUCUCUAUCUGCUACCCCGUCACCUUCGCCCUCGCCAUGAGCUUUUCUACGAAGCAGGUGUUAAGCGAGCGGCUGAUGGUACCAAGAGGAGCCAUAUCCGCAAUACGGCAGCGUCGGCAGGUGCAGAGGCCACGACUGAGUCCCGAUCUUCUCCGAUUUGCGGCGUUCUUCAGCACGGCUGCUCUCCACGCCGCCGCCGAGUUCCGGUUCGAGCGAGCUCUAUCCGCCUGGGUGUUAGCCGAGGUGUCGGCUUUUCGACGCCUGUCCCCUCCGGGGAUUAGCCACGUGUCUGCUAUUGUCGCCUUCACAGGCGAUCUUACGGUGAUACACCCCGCAUCGCUUUUAGUCGUCCUUCGCGAGCUUCGAGAGUGGGCGAGGAGUGUUCGGGAGGCAUGGGUGCAACUGCUUGCUCCACGAGGACAGGUAGACCCCACGGGUGAUACGGACCUUACUGCUAUCCGGCUUUCCAUAGCCGAGCCUGAAGUCCCCCGGCAGCCAGCCAAUCCAAGCGAGCAAGCCGAGAUCCCGGACGACGAUCCGGAACUGCUGUUGAUCCAAGCGUGGGCCACGGACACGGAGGGAGAUUUCAUAGGAAUUCUCUGCGGCGAAGUUGACGACGACCACCUAGCGCCGAUCACGAGCGAAGCGUUGGUUUUCCUCACGCAGCUGCUUGACGACCUCCAGCUGGACAUCCUCUCUCGCUGCGACGAACGGCCGAGAACGGUCACUAUCUGUCGGACCUUGCAGCCCGUCCUCCUCUGGUCCACGUGCACAGAGUUGGACGGCGAAAAUUGCUUCUACCCUUCUCAAGGCGUGUGUCUGGUCAUCGACGUCACCGAUCUCUCUACCCGGGAUCCACUCAUCCGACGCAUCCCAGCGGGGGAGACGGGUGACGACGAAGAAGAAGAAGAAUCGGGCGAGGAAGAAGAAAAGAGUGACGACCCCGACUACCGGGAGUCGGAAGACGAAGUGUUGGAAGAGGAGGAGGGAGAAGACGAUCAGGAAGAGGGUGCACAUCAGGGAUCAGACGAGGAGGAAGCCGUGUCCACAAGUUCGAGCGGGGCGGUUGAGUUAACCAAGGAGGAGCAGGAGCAAAGGAGACGACGACAAAGAAGCGGAAGCGGAUCUUCCCCCUCCAGGGCUGCCCUGCGCAUACGUUCGGAUGCGGGAGCUCGGGCUUCGUCCCCGGUCGUUAUCCCAUUGUCCCCUUGAUUUCCUCACGGUUCGGCAGAUUCCCGGCCGGCCUCCGUUCCCGCGUAACUGGCCCCUCUUCCCGCA